GAUCUACAACUGCUGAGUAGUUCACAGCAUUUCAGUUCUAAGAUCAACCUUCCAAGUAACUCUAUGCCUGCCAAAUUGCCAGGGCUAUUAGAGUGUGAUUAUCCUGCUUGGCUCUGAGCAUUAGAUAAUCCUACCCAGCUGGGCUUGCUCCGGACCUGGGAUGGCUCUGGACAUCAGCUGCUUCCUUUUAGUGGCACUUUUUUCAGUCAGCUGUGAAGCCAUCGCCUCCUCGGAUCAGCUAUGCGUUGAGAAAGAAACCAACAAAACAUACAACUGUGAAAAUUUAGGUCUCAGUGAAAUUCCUGGCACUCUACCAAACUCAACAGAAUGUUUGGAGUUCAGCUUUAAUUUCUUGCCUACAAUUCAAAAUAUGACCUUCAGCAGACUCGUAAAUCUCACCUUUCUGGAUUUAACCAGGUGCCAGAUUUACUGGAUACAUGAAGACACCUUCCAAAGCCAACAUCAGUUAGACACACUCGUGCUAACUGCAAAUCCCCUGAUAUUUAUGGCAGAAACAGCACUUAAUGGACCCAGGUCACUGAAACAUCUGUUCUUCAUCCAAACAGGAAUGUCCAGUCUUGAGUUUAUCCCAGUGCACAAUCUGAAAAACUUGGAAAGUCUACAUCUUGGAAGCAACCAUAUUUCCUCCAUUAAGCUCCCCAAAGAGUUCCCAACUGAGAAGUUGAAGGUUCUGGAUUUUCAGAAUAAUGCUAUCCAUCACCUGUCUAAAGAAGAUAUACAAUCUCUACAGCUGGCCACUAACCUGAGCCUUAACUUAAGGGGAAAUGACAUUACAGGGAUUGAGCAUGGGGCUUUCAAGUCAACUGUCUUCCAAAGUUUGGACUUUGGAGGGACUCUCAACUUGCUGGUUCUAUUCAAGGGUUUGCAGAACUCUACUAUCCAGUCUCUUUGGCUGGGGACAUUUGAGGACAUUGAUGAGGAAGAAAUUAGUUCCUCUGUGUUUGAGGGACUCUGUGAAAUGUCUGUUGAGAGCAUAUCCCUGCAGAAGCAUCACUUCCUUGACAUCUCAUCUAGUACAUUCCACUGCUUCACUAACCUCCAGGAACUGGACCUUACAGCCACUCACCUGAAAGAAUUACCCUCUGGGAUCACAGGACUAAACAACCUCAAGAAGUUAGUUCUCAGUGCAAAUAAGUUUGAUAAUUUGUGUCAAAUCAGUGCUGCCAGUUUCCCCUCCCUUACACACCUUUACCUCAAAGGCAACGUGAAGAGACUUGCCCUUGGUACUGGCUGCUUAGCCAACCUAGAAAAUCUUCAUCUGCUUGACCUGAGCCAUGAUGACAUUGAAACUUCUGAUUGCUGCAACCUGCAACUCAAAAACCUGUCUCAUUUACAAAGUCUAAACUUGAGCUACAAUGAACCCCUGGGUCUAAAGACUGAGGCAUUCCAAGAAUGUCCCCAGCUAGAACUCCUGGAUUUGGCAUUUACCCGAUUACGUGUUCAGGCUGCACAAAGUCCCUUCCAGAACCUCCAUCUUCUGAAGGUUCUAAAUCUCUCCUACUGUCUCCUUGACACCAGCAAUCAGCAUCUCCUUGAUGGCCUGCCAGCACUCCAGCAUCUGAACUUACAGGGAAACCACUUUCCAAAUGGGAAUAUCCAAAACACCAACCUACUCCAGAUACUGGAAAGCCUAGAAGUCUUAAUUUUAUCAUUCUGUGAUCUCUCCUUCAUAGACCAGCAAGCCUUCAUCAGUCUUAAGAUAAUGAAUCAUGUAGACCUGAGUCACAACAGGCUGACAUCUAAGAGCAUCGAGUCUCUUAGUCAUCUGAAGGGGAUCUACCUCAAUCUAGCUUCCAAUAGCAUUAGCAGCAUCCCACCUGGUCUCCUCCCCAUCUUGUCCCAGCAAAGGACCAUUAAUUUAAGAGGAAAUCCCCUAGACUGCACUUGCUCAAAUAUUUACUUUUUAGACUGGUACAAAGAAAACAGGCAAAAACUCGAGGACACAGAGGACACUCUUUGUGCAAAUCCGCCAUUGCUGAAGGGAGUCAAGCUAUCUGAUGUCACGCUGUCAUGUGGGAUCACGGCUGUGGGCAUUUUCUUUCUUAUUGUAUUCUUGCUUUUGUUCACUGUUGCCUUGAUUUUUGCAGUGAAAUAUUUUCUCAGGUGGAAAUAUCAACAUAUUUAGCUCAAGGUUUCCAGAGAAGGCAGAUAAAUGUGUUUAGCAAAAUUGUCAUAAGUAAAAAAAAGAAACAAAAAACAAAAAAAACCCAAAAAACAAAACCUGUCAUCCAAAGACUUUUCAGUUGGUUCCUAACAUUGUGCUGGGGUUCAUUGAGCUUUUCUGAACAUGUCUUACUGGUAGGAGUCUCCCAUGGGGCUGGGGCUAAAGGACUAGGCCCUAAAGACAGAGCCACUUCCUCCUGUGAAACGUGGCCCAUAUUCACUGAACCGCAAUAGCAACCCCACCCAUCUGAGAAAGGAGAGCAUCAUGCAUCACCCUUCCGCCUGCCCAACCUGGCUAUGCUGGGGCCAACCCUAUCCCUCCACUCUUUCUCUCAUACUUCUGACAUUUUGCUUAAGGCUCAGCUCUCUGUAAUUGAGCCAUUUGGGAAAGUUAGGCCCCAGCAAAGUCUCCAUGCUCAUUUUAAAUGACAAAAGGUAAAAUGUACAAUGAAUUUAAAAGAAAAGACAAAGUAAUAAAUUCUGCUUUCAAGUA